AUGUCAACAAACCCUUCUAGCAAACAUAACAUAAAUUCAAGGGAAGAAGCAGUCUAUAAAUUGUUAGAAGAAAGAAAUCAAGCUGAAAAGAAUUUUGAAACUUUAAAGGCUCUUCAACUUUCAGCUAAUGGGAAUAUAGACCCUGAUACUGACAUUCUUGCAGAAAUGAUCAAGGUUUCUUUUGAAAAAGAAUGUUUGAAAAGAGAAGUUGCAGAAUUGUCUGAUCGUGUUAUUCCUCUUGAAAAAUCAUGCCGACAGUUAGAAAUAGACAAUGAAAGACUGUCUUUUAAGUUGUCAGAGGCAUUAGCAGAAAUAGAAGAAAGAGAAACUCAACUAGGCUUAAGUGAACGACAAAAUGUAUGGUUCACAGAAAUGAAAAAUCGUCAUAGUGCUGAUUCAACACCUCCUUCCUUAUUGCUCAGUGAAUUAGCUAGUUUUGGUUCUCCUAAGAAAUUGUCUAGCAUGUUAGAAACUUGUAAUGAACUUGCUUGGGCAGAAGAAGUUAAAAAAUUACAGUGUGAAAGUGAAAACUUGAGAUCACAGCUUACUGUUCUUGGUGAAAAGUACAAUGCAUUAGUUCUGAAACAUAUCCAGUACAAGACUAAAAGGAAAUUUCAGAUUGAAGAAGUUAGGGAGAGGUUACAAGCGUGUGAAUGUCAAGUAGAAACUUUACAAACACAACUGAGUAUCCAGCGGCAAAGGCUUCGUGCAGAAGAAUUAUUUCGAAAGCAAAUUGAAGCAGAUUAUAGGCGACUGCAAGAAGAAAGAAGAUCUAUAUCUUCUAGGUAA